AACAGAUGAAGGCUAGGGGAGACCAAGAUCAGGCACCUGCUGAUUCUGUCUGAUGAAGCCCAGCUUCUAGUUCUUAGAUGAUGCCUUCUUGCUCUGUCUUUACAUGAUAUAAGAGGCAAAGGGCUUCUCCCUGGCCUCUUUUAAAAGGGGACUAAUGGCAUUCUUGAGGGCUCUGUCUAGUCACUUUCCACAAACAAUGUAAGAGAAUUCCAAAAUUAUUCUACAUUCUCACCACAAUUUGAUAGUCAAUUUUAAUUUUAGUCACUGUGGCAAAGCAGUAUUUCAUUGAAGUUUUAAUUUGCAAUUUACCCAUCUUCCCUGCGGAAGGUAUCGUACAGUACGGAGUAUGGCAAGGCACCUGCUCGAUUCCUCCAGGAAGCCUUACUUGGCCUCAGGCAGAGGGUGGUAAUAAAGUAAAAAUUAACUCGGACCAAGAAUACAAAUCCAACGGCCAGGCAGAGAAAAAGUCAGGUGCAAGGUUAACAGGAAACAAUAAUCCUCCCAAGCACAUGGCAAAGCCAGUCUGCAGCUUUCUUACCGGUCAGAAAUGCUUUGGAGUCCUAAGUUUACAAACUCUGCGGUUGGCAAGGACGUCACUAACGACGAAACGCGCAAUUGUUCCGGGGCGGAGUGGUGAGCGCCUACAGUCCCGCCAGCUCCUCCGCAGUCCCAUACAGGCCUCCCCGGCGCCCUCCUCGUCCACACCCGGAGUGACCACGCUUCCAAGACCUGCAGCUGGUGGGCGGGCGACGCCAGGACAGAUGCUGUUCCAGCCGUUCCCCUGCUGCCCCCGCCGGCCCCCGACCCGGAGCAACGCGGCGCCGCGCCCGUCUCAGGACCCCCGCGCCCCGCCUGUCCGCGCUGCUGCCUGACGGCGCGCUCGCCCGCCCUCUGCCACCUGGAGCCGGGGCCGCGACCGUGCUCCCUCAGCAAGCUUCCGAGAUCUGAGGCGGACACUCGUGUCCACGCGUGCAGCCCCCGGCCCGAGCCAGCAGCCCCCGGGUACGGCGCCGUCAGGCAGUGGCGCGGGCAGCCCGGUACGGAGCGAGGUGACGAAGGACCCUGGAGUUAUCGGCGGCUGCGGCGGCCCGGGCGGCGGCGAUGCUGUGGCCGCGGCUUGCGGCGGCCGAGUGGGCAGCGCUGGCCUGGGAGCUGCUUGGCGCCUCGGUGCUGCUGAUCGCCGUGCGCUGGCUGGUGCGGCGACUGGAGAAGCGGCCGCGGGGCCUGGGCAGGAGCCCAACCCCCGCUCCGCCUCCCCCGGCGGCCGCUGGCCCCGGCUCAGGUGAAAUGACAAUGGAUGCCAUCUUGGCUUGGCUGAAACUUCUAAAUCCAGAUGACCUUAGAGAAGAAAUUGUUAAAGCUGGACUGAAAUGUGGACCCAUUACAUCGACCACCCGGUUCAUUUUUGAGAAAAAAUUGGCUCAGGCUUUACUAGAGCAAGGAAGAAGGCUACCUUCCUUUCCUCCCCUCUGCAAGGAGGGAGGUGCCACAGCUCUCAGCCAAGAAACACAAAGGAUUUUGAAGUCUGCUGUAGAGAAUCCAAUUGACCAUCCUAGUUUUUCUGAAGAUAGAGAUUUUGGUUAUAGUGUAGGCCUGAAUCCUCCAGAGGAAGAUGCCAUGACAUCUCACUCCUGCUCAGUACCCUUGAGCGCUGCGGCUGGUGUUGACACCCACAGAGCUGGAGUGACUGCCUCUAAGGAGCCCCCUCUGUACUAUGGUGUGUGCCCUGUGUAUGAGGAUAUCCCAGCAAGAAAUGAAAGGAUCCAUGUGUAUGAAAAUAAAAAGGAAGCAUUGCAAGCUGUUAAAAUGAUCAAAGGGUCCCGAUUUAAAGCUUUUUCCACCAGAGAAGAUGCUGAGAAAUUUGCUAGAGGAAUUUGUGAUUAUUUCCCUUCUCCAAGCAAAACCUCACUACCACUUUCUCCUGUGAGAACAGCACCAGUCUUUAGCAAUGGUGGGUUGAAAGAUGGUUUGUGCUUGUCUGAAUCAGAAACAGUAAACAAAGAACGAGCAAAUAGUUAUAAAAAUCCCCGUACUCAGGACCUCACUGCCAAGCUUCGAAAAGCUGUGGAGAAGGGAGAAGAAGACACCUUUUCUGAUCUUGUGUGGAGUAAUCCCCGGUAUCUGAUUGGUUCAGGAGACAACCCAACUGUUGUACAGGAAGGAUGUAGGUACAAUGUCAUGCAUGUUGCUGCCAAAGAGAAUCAGGCUUCUAUCUGCCAGAUGACUUUAGAAAUCCUGGAAAAUCCUGAUUUCAUGAGGCUGAUGUACCCAGAUGACAAUAUGGACAUGCUGCAGGAGCGAAUCUGCUACAUCGUUGACCUUUACCUCAACACUCCUGACAAGGCGGGUUAUGACACUCCAUUGCAUUUUGCUUGUAAGUUUGGGAAUGCAGAUGUGGUCAAUGUGCUUUCUUCACACCAUUUAACUGUAAAAAACCCAAGGAAUAAAUAUCAUAAAACACCUGAAGAUGUCAUUUGUGAAAGAAGCAAAAAUAAAUCUGUGGAACUGAAGGAGCGGAUCAGAGAAUAUUUAAAGGGUCACUACUACGUGCCACUUCUGAGAGCAGAAGACACUUCUUCUCCCGUCAUCGGGGAGCUGUGGUCCUCAGACCAGGGGGCUGAGUCCUCUCCUGGUGGUCGCUAUGGAGGCAGCCCCAGAGAUCCUGUGCUUACCCUGAGAGCCUUUGCAGGGCCCUUGAGUCCAUCCAAGGCAGAAGAUUUUCGCAAACUAUGGAAAACUCCACCUCGAGAGAAAGCAAGCUUCUUUCACAAUGUCAGGAAAUCUGACCCGGAGAGAGGCUUUGAGAGAGUGGGAAGGGAGCUAGCUCAUGAGCUGGGGUAUCCCUGGGUUGAAUACUGGGAAUUUCUGGGCUGUUUUGUUGAUCUGUCUUCCCAGGAGGGCCUACAAAAACUAGAAGAAUAUCUCACUCAGCAGGAAAUGGGCAAAAAGCCUCAAGAAGAAACAGGAAAAAAGGAAGCCUGCUGCAGAGACAGAGCCCCCAACUCUGGCAGUGGGAAGACGUGCAGCAAUUCCAUCUCUGUGGGGGCAUUUCUAGAUGAGGAUGACAGAAGCUUGGAAGAAAUUAAAAAUCAGCAAAAUAUAGCUCGAAAUACAAUCCAGCCCACAGUCAGUGCUUCCAGAAACCCAGGAUGCAACAGUCUCCCCUUGGAACAGAAGGCAGACCUGAUAGAAGCCUCAGAACCGGACAGUCCCCAUAGUAGCAGAAAUGGAUUUUAUAGUCCUCUGAAUCAUAGCCAGAUGCUAAGUGGGAAGAGACCAAAGGGCCUCAGUGAGGAGGAAGCCCAUCUAUCAUCUGUCUCUGGUUUGAGUGUUGAGUUUGAUAAACUGAAUUUGCAAAAUCUAGGAAGUAGCUUAUCCAAGGCACCAAAUAAAAAUAUUAUGGAAACUAAAGGUAAGAAGAUUCUGACUUCAAGAAUGGAUGCACCUCCUUCUGCUACGGACCAACUUGGAAAUAACCAAAGGCAGACAGAAAGUGAAAUGUCCACCAGAAUUGCUAAAAUGUCCUUGGAUCCUAGCAGCCCUGGGCACAAGGCCCGGGUCAGAUGUGGUCCUGAGUCUCCUGUUUCCGUCCGCAACAUUAGGGAACCUGCCAAGAGGCUCUUCCUUUUUGGAGAGGAGCCAUCAAAACUAGAUCGAGAUGUCCUGGCAGCUCUUGAAUGUGUAGACAUUGACCCUCAUCAGUACCCAGCUGUCCAUAGAUGGAAGAGUGCUGUCCUGUGCUACUCUCCCUCAGACAUGCAGAGUUGGCCAAGUCCUGCACUGAAAGGAAAGUUCAAGUGUCAGCUGCCAGAUCUUGGUUGCCCUCACAGCUGCAGUUCAGGAAGAAGUCCUGCUGGGAGCAGCCCUGGAAGACCUGGCCAUACCACCUGCUGCCCUGGCCUGGGCAGCCCUGGGCACUACAGCCCCGCAUGUGGGAGUCACCUUCGCAGGAUGGCACGCUUGGCCGAGCUUGCUGCCCAGUAGGGUUGGUGCUCACUGCUAAGCUCUUGUUUUGCUUUCAUUUAAAAGAAAGGGUAAUAUGUUACAACUAAAAUUUCACAAAAGAUGACAUUCUGAAUAACUUAUUAAUCUUCACUUGGAGAGUGUAAGAAUUUUAGAAAAUGUAAGUGUUCUAUGACAAAUUUAGGUUUCUGGUAUUUUGGAAAAGGUUAUAAUGAAAGCAAACUCAGAUACAAAGUUUUUGAAAAAUGUCAUUAUAGUAAUGGUACAGACUCUUUAAGUAGAUUCCUAGGCUUGAAAUGUAACAGAAGAAAGGGUGUGGAGGCAGUUUACUGACAGUUGGUCAUGUGCUUACUUAGGACCUUUGAGCAAAUUCUCUGGCAAGAGAGAUGUCCCACCGUGCCUGCACUUAUCAUAACUUUUUGUAAAACAACAUUAUUGUAUGUCAUCUGGGCUUUUCCUGGUGCCUCCUAGACUUUCUGAUAAAGGAUGAUGCCAAAACCCCUCUUGGUCUGCCAGUUGACCCCUGUGGUUUAGACAAGGGAGAAGGUAGAGGGCAGGGAGGUGGUGAACCCACAGUAUGUCUCAGACUAGCAGUGAAGUUUACAAUUUGGGUUAUUAAAAACAUCUAAAUUAUUGAUCAGAAGAUAAAAGUAGCUUUUCUCAUAGAUAAAAUCUUUUAGCCAUUGGGAGUUAUGCAAAUUGUCAUACAAAAUUCACCAGCAAUAAUAAGGUUAUUUGUUUUUAUUUUUCACCAGUAUUUGAGCUUUCAAUCUACUUUAUUUAGUUGAUGUAAUGAUAAUAAAAUAAUCUGUAAAUUGUA